AUGGGCAUCUUUGCGCUUGUUCGACCAGAACUUGGCGAAGAACCGACAUGCCCUUCCAUUCUACUCGUCUGCCGGUAUUGGCGGGAGCUGGUCCUACAAAUCCCUCAGUUUUGGGCUAAUCUAAUCGCUCGCCGUACGAACCUACACGAGGCGACACACUCGAGGCGUGCAGCUAUCCGCUCUGCGCUCGCACACACCAGGGAGCUGGCGCUCACGGUCUUCUGGGUUGGUCUCGAAGGGCGCGCGAUGAAAUUCUUCUCUCUCUAUCUUCACAACGUCGUCUCUAUCACGGUCUACGUCGAUUUCUCCGAUGUCACUCUUCUCAAUCAGCUGCUCACCGACGAAAGGCUGUCAAGGCUUGCAGGCCUUUCUAUAAAUCUCAUUCCCAACUCAACUUGGUCCAUAGAUAGGCAAGAGCCACCCACAGGAUGGAUUCCAGCUCUGCGAAGCGUCACACUCUCCCGUCUCAACACACUCAAAAUCCCCCGGAUUCACCUCAACGUGGAGGCAGAGUCGCCGUCCCUCCGGCACCUUUGCCUGACGACAUGCGCAUGCCAUUUCCGAAUCCAAGACUCCACUCGUCUCCUCGAUGCGCUCGCACAAUUCCCCAAUCUCGCAACCCUCAGUUUACUCCACGCCCUACCUUCAUGCGCUCACGCUAGUUUGUCGGAUCCUCCCAGGCAGGUCGUGAAGCUACCUCGACUCGAUAUGCUGACCAUAAAAGACGGCCCAUGGGAUGCAUAUGGUCUGCUCCGAUGUCUCGAAUAUCCUUCACAGGCGUCUCUCUGCUCAUCGUUCGAGACAUCGGACGGCGGCUGUUGCAAGGGAACCUUUCCCUUUAUCCAUCGUCCCUUCGUACCCGUACAUGAGAUGGACACAAAUUACGACGUGAUCAUCGAUGAUACCACAACGCUUCUCCGCGUGCAAGCAUCCACUCAUGGCCAGGCUCGGGUACGCGUCGAUGUCCCCCAGCUCUCCGACUCCGGAUGGAAGCGGUGCACAGACGUACUACCGCUGUUCGCGUUUGAAACCGUCACUACUCUGACACUCCAAGGGGACGACAUAUAUGGGCAUGUAGAACACUUGGAUGCCAUCCUGAAAACGUUUCCUCAGCUCCUGCAUCUCUCGGACCAAUCACUGGACGGCCGUUGUGGCCUAUUGCAUUUUCUUAGCAGGCGGAUAGAUCGGCACAAACGGGCCGUGCCCGUGCGGUGCCCCCGACUGGAGAGCCUUUCUUUCGUGAUCGAACCCUAUGCUCCCUGGAACUACAGAACCGACGCGGUAACGGGCUCCUGGGGCGACCCUCAGCAAUAUCCGUGGUCGAUUCUUCCGGGUGACGACCCGUCCAUAGGAGAGGACAGACAUGCGAAUCCGUCCAAUCGUUACCGUGCCGUAGCAAUCAAGUUGCUCGGCCGGAUGAUGGCGUGGGUCUGCGAGGAGCGAGCGCCUGAUUGUGCGCCAUUGAAGACCAUUGGCGUCCAUUCAGACUUCCUAGACCAGGAUGGGUCAUUACUGGUGCGUCUGCGGAAGAAAUUCGAAGGGCUGGAAUGCACCGUCAGCGUCUAUCCUGCUAAGGACUUCCGAUGGAGUAGAAACUAA